GCAUUGUGAGAUUGUUUAUGUUGAUCAGCUGAUGGGUGACAGGCGCCGCCUCCUCAGGAUUUCCUGGGAAAAACCUUCAUGCAAACUGCAGAAGAAGAAGGAUUUCGUGUUCAACCUUGACCUCUGUGAGGGGUAUCUGACUACUGUUCCGCCAGAGGGUCCCAAGAAAACGUAUUGCAUUUAUUAUCUACGGGCUUAUAUUUAUGCUGUAAGGUGACUGAACUGUUACAUCGCCUGGAGUCACGGAAAACACGAGAGAUACUUUGCCGUCAUCUGUUGGGAUCUUGGGGCAUCGAGUGGGAAUUCAGAGCUGGUUUGUACGAGAGGUGCAGGGAAACAGUGGGUCCUGGAUUCUCCUGUAUUACCUGUGGACGUGUAGGUCGUCUGGCCAUCCUUCGGAAGGAUAGCAUAAAAUGAUGGGUGCUGCUCGAAGUGAAGACUGCCUGUGCGAGGUGACGUUAGGAGCAGAACCUCGGGUUAUAACAGUGCGUGUUCCCAUAACCAUUCCAUCAAGUAUUUGCCAUGUUGAGUUGGCUCAUCGCCUAAUGCAGCACCACAACAUACCUAUAUACCUUCUUAAUGAGUUGAGUGAAAAGCUUCAAGUAUUUAUCCAAGAUAAGACCGAGCAAUAUUAUUGCCAGCAAGAUCAGCGUGCCAUCCAAAAUCUAAGAGAUGGUACAAUAAAUAUUGAUACUGUUUCAGCUGCCUGGACUAAUAAAUACUCGCAAGUGAGCAAGAGGCUAGAGGAUGAAGGAUGUGAAAAUGAGAUGCUGGCUUCCAUGUAUCAUUCCCUUGUUCACUCACCCGCAGUGGUCAACUUGCUCAGCCUUGAACAUUCUUAUGCUGGGGCCAUGAGCUCCCUUGUGGCUCAAAGGGAAUUUGCCUUGAAAGAAAUUAGUGAAAGGCAAACAAAGGAGAUGAGUAAUACAGUGAGUAAGGUUGGCGUGAACUUGACAGAUGAUGAUGUGAAUGACCUUGCUACCCGGCACCUGGAGGAUUCCCAGCUAAUGGAGGUCCAGUGGGAUUCAACAAUAUCUGUGCUGAGAGAAAAUCAGAAAAGGGAGUUUAAGAACUUUGUAAUGGAGUCAUUCGCUGGACGAGAAAUCACGACUCCAGUAUCUCCCAAGGAUUUCAUAGCAUCGGGUUCAGAUUUGGUUUUGGUGGAAACAACGGAUCCCACACAAGAGGAGAGCUUCACCAUCCAUCUCGGAGCGCAGAUGAAGCAGAUGCACAAUUUACGACUUCUCUCGGCUCAUGUACUCCAGUUGUGUAAAUAUCAGUCACAUGAUGUCAGUGACAUCCCACCACAGAGGAUUCAGACUUCAAUGAGCCUCUAUUCUCACAACUUGAAUGGAUUAGUGCUACUGGUAGAUGAUCGGAUAAACACUUACACUGGAAUCAAGCGUGAUUUUGGUCGUGUUUGUAGUAGAUCAACAGAACUUCACUUGCCAGAUUUAGAAGACCAGCUCGAGUGUGUUCGAGACAUUGUUCCUCAAGUUGUGCAGUGGCGCCGUGAUCAUCCUCCUCCACAGUAUGACUGUGAUGAAGAUGCUCCACCUCCACCACCAGUUCCACAGCACCUCAAAGCGGGGGAUUUCUACAUUACUCGGCAUUCCAAUCUUGCCGAUGUUCAUGUGGUAUUCCAUAUGAUUGUGGACGACUCCCUUCGGUCAGGGGACAUUAAUUCACGCCACCCAGUCAUCCUUGGUCUUAGAAAUGUCUUGAAGGUUGCCUGUCUUGGGGACAUCACCACGCUCACAAUUCCUCUCCUGCUUACUAAUACCAUGUCCGAGGAAAUGACAAUGUCUUGGUGUCAGAAACGUGCUGAGCUAGUGUACAAGUGUAUUAAAGGCUUCAUGAUGGAGAUGACAUCUUGGGGUGGGGCCGAAAUGAAAAACAUGCAGUUCCUCGUACCAAAGGGAAUUUCAGAAGAAUUGUUCCUGCAUUUGGCUGCCAUGCUUCCCAACAUCUUCAGAGUGUCUAAUCCAUUAGUUGUUAAAUCCUCUUAAUAAAUAGCCAUGUAGUAUGUACCUUUUAAAUGUUAAUAAAUAUGAAAGGGAAACUGCUUUAAUUUAGCUAAUUUUUUGUUUAGAUUAAUUUUUUUUAACCAAAUCAAUUCACUUUGUUUACAAGAUUUUAUAGCCAGAUGACAUAUCCUAAAUUGUCAUACAACAUUUUACAGACAAUGUUCUUUUAUAUAAAUACUGUACUGUAAUAUAAAUGAGUUAUUGGAAUAAAACAAAUAACAGGUAAGAACACUA